GCGCAGUGCGUGUUAUUUCUACAAUGACGUUGCUCAGUCUCCAGUAGCCUGUUCUGCUGGGCGCUCCUCGCUUUCCUUCAGUGAGCCGCUUUCCUAAACUCAGCACCGGGAAACCAUGGCCGAGCAGGCCUCGGGAUCCUCCCGGCCGCCACAACAUGACGCAGGGGUUCUGCAGCAGCGCGCAGCCGAGCAGGAGCAGGAUCGAACCGACUUCCUGAAGCUCAAACAACAGCUGGAGAUGGAGUUCAACCAGAAACGGGCCAAAUUUAAGGAACUCUAUCUGUCCAAAGAAGAGGAACUGAAGAGGCAGGCUGCUAUCCUGGACAAGGCCCAGACAGAGCUGAGCAGUGUGCAGAUGCAGCUGACCGAGGCUAAAGCAGAGAUGGAGACCAUCAAAGCGGUGGCCACCGUCUCUGAGAACACAAAGCAGGAAGCCAUCGACCAGGUCAAGCAGCAGUGGCACGAGGAGGUGGCGUCACUGCAGGCUAUUAUGAAAGAUGCAGAGCGAGAAGUUAAGUUGCGGUCCCAGCAGAAGUUGGAGCAGGAGCGCGCUCAGUGGGCACAGUACCGCGAUGGAGUGGAGCGAGAGAUAGCUGAGCUCCGCCGCCGUCUUUCUGAGGGACAGGAGGAGGAGAAUUUGGAGAACGAGAUGAAGAAGGCUCAGGAGGACGCAGAGAAGCUACGCUCGGUGGUGAUGCCAAUGGAGAGUGAGAUUGCAGCGCUGAAGGCCAAACUGUCAAGCACAGAAGAUCGAGUUAAGGAACUCGAGGCAGCAAAGGUGAAGGAGCUCAAUCACGUCCUGGAGGCUGAGAAAUCCUGCCGAACAGACUUGGAGAUGUAUGUUGCUGUCCUCAACACCCAGAAAUCUGUCCUUCAAGAGGACGCAGAAAAACUUCGGAAAGAACUACAUGAAGUGGUUCACCUGCUGGAGUUGGAGCGACAGCAGCACAAUCAGCUGAAACACACUUGGCACCGUGCCAACGAUCAGUUCCUGGAGUCACAGCGGCUGCUGAUGCAAGACAUGCAGCGCAUUGAGAGCGUUCUGUCCUCCGAGCAGCUGCGGCAGGUGGAGGAGAUGAAGAAGAGGGACCAGGAAGAGGAUGAGAAGGAGAGACUGAGCCAGGCUAAAGAGGCCAGUGAGGAUGAUGGGACAGAGCAUGCAGAAGCAGUGGAGGACUCUCUGCUCGGACUCUCCAUAGAAGAGUCCCACCUCAGCCAGAGCAUCCACAGCUCUUUACACUCUCUGGACGCAGACACCCCGAGCCGUCCGGACGCCUCUGACCCUUAUAAGGAUGGGCUUCGGAGGGUGCAGUCCACUGACAGCCUGGGUUCCUCAGGAGGGGCCCUACAGUCUCACGGGCUGGGCGGACAAAACAACAAGGCCAAGUCAGCCAGCCAGCUGGACGAGUCAGACUUUGGUCCUCUAGUGGGGGCAGACUGUGGGGGCUUUGACAGCAUGGACACCUCCUCCAUGUCAUCCCUCCAGCCGGGACACUUUCUCCUCACCAAGGACCAGGAGAAGGCCAUUAAGGCCAUGACCCCAGAGCAAGAAGAAACCGCAUCACUCCUCUCCAGCAUCUCUCAUAUUGCCGAUACAGCUUACCUUCCUCCGUCUGGCUACCGAUUGGUCAACGAGAGCGAGUGGAAUCUGCUGCAGCAAGAGCUGAAGAACGCUGGAAGGAAGUUGGGGCGGCGAUGUGAUAUGUGCUCUAAUUAUGAGAAACAGCUGCAGGUCAUUCAGGGACAAGAGGCCGAGACGCGAGAUCAGGUUAAAAAGCUUCAGGCCAUGUUGCGGCAGGCGAACGAUCAGCUGGAGCGGACCAUGAAUGAGAAGCAGGAGUUAGAGGACUCUGUCAAACAGGCCAAUGAGGAAACUACUGGCAAGAUCUCAGAGUUGAAGCAGAAAGUUCAGGAGUCCGAGUCUCUCGUAAGCGCUCUCCAACAGGCCUUCAGCCUGGCCAAGAGGAACACCCAGGAACAGAUGGCUGUGCUGCUACAGUCCAGAGAGCAGGUGACCGAAGAGCUGAACAGACUGCAGAGAGAUAAUGAAAGUCUUCAGGGUAAACACAGACUUCACAUGACGCUGCAGCAGCAAGAGGACUUUCACAUGCCCGCCACUGUACAGGAGCUUCAGAAGCUGGUGCUGCAGUACAGGGAGGACAUUGUUUCUGCGCGCACAGCAGCGGAGCAUUUGGAGGAGAAGCUGAAGGCUGAAAUUCUGUUCUUGAAGGAGCAGAUUCAGGCAGAGCAGUGUCUCAAAGAGAAUCUGGAGGACACUCUACAGCUGGAGAUAGAGGGCUGUAAAGAAGAGAUCGACAUCCUGGAAGCGUCUUUUUCCAGCUUGAAAACCGAACUGGAACGAGUGAAGAGUGAGAAGGAGCAGCUGGAGAGCAGCUUGGCGGAGAAGAGCCAGAUGCUGGAGAGCGUCCAGGGCCUGAAGAACAGUCUGGAGCAGCAGCUGAAAGACGCCCUCGGCAGCAAGAGUGCUUUGGAGACUCAGGUGUUUGAAGAGAAAGACAAGGCACAGAGACUUCAGACGGAGCUGGAUGUCAGCGAGCAGGUCCAGAGAGAUUUCGUCAAACUGUCCCAGACCCUUCAGGUGCAAAUGGAGCGUAUCAGGCAGGCAGACUCCUUAGAAAGGAUCCGUGCCAUUCUCAAUGGCACCAACCUAACAGACAUCAGCCAGCUUCCUGAGACAUGAUGUCACUUCCUCCUUCCCAUGCACAGAAACACACACACACACACACACAUCACCUGACUCCAUCGAGAUAAACCGAAUCGAGCGAGGAACACUUGAUCCUGCAGGUCACGGUGAACACUACUGAUUUCUACUACUGCUAUCCAGCUUGUCCAUGCGUUCGCAAGAGCACGAAGACUCCCGGCUCGAUCCGAGUCGAGGGUUUGUGUCUUAUAAUGCAGUUCUCCGCCGCGGAUGCUGCGAGGAGCCGCUGGUCUUUCAACAAACGCUGCUUUUGUUCCUCAUUCAGUUCAGGAAAUGAGAAAAGGGGUCCGUGAAAAUCAAAUAAGGUGACUUUUUCCCUUCCCAGACCGUACCAAAGUCCCUGUCUCUUCCACCUUUCGUCUCUCCCUUCCUCAUCUUUCCUUCUGCUAAGCCAGCAGCAGUGACCUAUGAAGGAAACGGACACUUCGGAAGUGUUUUGUACAUAACUUGUAUACAGAUUAUUUGUGUAUAUUGCGUUCGUUAAGUUAAUACACAAGACUGUGAUUCCCUUCUUGACCCGCCUCCUACAUUUUCUCAAGCGACACCGGUUUUUUUUUUUUUUUUUUUUUCUCUCGUCCGCCAGGCAUUUCACUGGGAUGUAAUUACUAGCUGCGUCGUAUCACUUUUCCUCAACAACCAUCGUCUUAGACCCUCCAAAUCCUCCGCAAUCCAUGUUUUUUCCCCCACUUCCUGGCAAUUUAACAAAAUUGAUGCCCUUUGCUUGAAGUUACAGCUACAUUUGUUAGAACUGAUGUUUUUGCGUAUCUUUCUGUAUAAGAAUGAUUAUUUGUUCUUUCAGAAGAAUAUUGCAAACACAUCUGCUGUUUUUUUUUAGUUAGCUUCUGAUCUGAUUUUAACAUGCGCUUGAUUUGUGUCAAGUAUACGGAAACAGCACUUGCGCUGACCGACUUUUACCCAUCAUUCUGCUGUUUGUAUAUUAAUGAAAGCACACUAUGUUUAUGAUUUACAGUCAUUGUGAUGUCCUUUGGGACUAAGAAGUAUUUUCUGUACCGUGUUAAAGGGUACAGUGGUCGAUGUCUGUCUUAUGUGUGGCGUAAACAGAAAGCGCAUGGGAUUCACAGAACCAAAGUUGAUCAUGUUGACCUUAAAUUCUCCAAUCUGCGUAUUUGGAUAGUUUAAAUCCUAAUCAAUGAGAAAAGGAGGAAACAAGGAAAGGGCUUAUUAAAUCAUUUUCUGGUUCAUGUUUACUUUAAAACAAUGGCUGCCAGGCGAUGUGACUCAACUGCAGGAAACAAGUGCGUGUGAUUUAUAUUCAGUGGCCUAAAUGGCAAAAAGACCAAAAGUGGCAUGUGAUUAUGGUAUGGUCUUUUAAAAAUAAUUUUAAAAAAAGUUCAAGCUGUAGAAUUAACCUAUGACUUAAGAAUGAAAAAUCAGCUGAAAAUUUGAAAAAUCUAGUUAAAGCUAUUUCCAUGCAUGCUGAACAUUGUCUCCUAAUCCGUGUUAUUGGAAAUCUGAAUUCAGUCAAAAAAAAUGUGCAGCUUGAUAAAUACAACGAAUUGUUUCCUGAGCAAAUUCAACCUCUUAAUCAGUAUGAACUUUAACAACGCUACUAUAGUAUGACCAGUGCUGCUGUUGUGAUCCGAUGAUGAUGAAGCUCUCCUGUGUGAAUAUGUCCAUUAUAUUAUGACCAGGUGUGUUGUGGUGUUGUUUGAUUUUUAUUAUCUGUAAGUUGCACUUCAUAACGCUCACACGUUUCGACACUGCAAACACACGUAAGCGAUACUUCAAUGGCUUCAUGUUUCACUUCAGUGGUUUCGACAUCAGAAUAUUUGAAGAACUACAUUUUUCAUUAGCAGACACUGCUUGAACUCUAAUAACUGAUGUGGGGCAAGGAGACUAGCGUUUUUAAUGAAACUUGUUUUAAAUAGACUUUUCUGCAGUCAGUAUAAUUUAUGAUUCAUUAUUCAGUCAUUUGUACUGGGUUUGUGAAGAGUGAUAGUUCAGAUACUUUCACAAAGACAACGGUUUUAUUUCUGUUCUUUGCAUGCUGUGUUGCAAAUGCAGAAGCCCUUGCAGAUUUAUAUACUGUAUGUACAUAUCCCUGUACAUAUCUAUAUAAUAAAACAAUCUGAAAGUUA